AUGUUAUUACCGUCACACUCAUGUGUGUGGGCACGCUGUUGUCUCACACUGAGAGUCAUCAGGAAUAAAAACUGUGUUUCCCAGCUGGCUUAUCCAAAACAUUCUCACAGAUUGAAAAGUACACUCGGCAAGACUCAUCUUAUCAUUAGGAGACCCAUACUAUCAUUAUUUAGUUCUGUUAUUGAAACUAAAUGUAGUUUACAAAGUGUUCAACAAUUUUCAUCAUCUGCUGGUCACACAAAGUUCACCUAUAGCAGACUAACAAAACUUGCCUUGGCUUUGAGUGUUGCAUCGGUUGCAACAGGAUUGUAUUUCUUUAUAUGUGAUGCCCAGACAGUUAGGCAACAUAAAGUGUUUUUGGGAGGUGCUGGUAGAUUUAUAAGAUCAUUAUUGAUUGGUGUAUCAAUAUUAGUGGACUACAAAUGGACAUUGUAUGAUCUGGAUGAGGAGUCACAGGAGUAUGCAGAUUUGAUUAAGACAUGUCAUCAAAGGGCAGCCGACAGAAUCCUAGUAGGUUGUUUAAAGAAUGGAGGCAUCUACAUCAAGCUUGGGCAAGGUUUGGUGUCAAUGAACCAUAUUCUCCCUGUAGAAUACACGAGGACUUUAGUUGUUCUUCAGGACAAAGCCCUGUCUCGCAAACCACAUGAGGUAGAGCAGUUAUUCUUAGAGGAUUUUGGAAAGAAGCCAUUAGAGAUGUUUGCUUCUUUCGAUGAGAAGGCUAUUGCUGCGGCUAGUCUUGCUCAAGUUCACUUGGCCACAACUCAUGAGGGACACAAGGUUGCAGUCAAGGUCCAGUAUAUAGACUUGAGAGAUAGAUUCUCUGGAGACAUUAGGACCUGUGAGAUUUUACUUCAAUUGGUUGGCUGGGUGCAUCCUAAAUUUCAGUUUGCUUGGGUGUUGCAGGAUCUUAAGAAAACAUUGAAACAAGAACUGGACUUUGAGAAUGAAGGAAGGAAUGGUGAACGAUGUAGUAAAGAUUUGGGCCAUCUGAAGUUUGUGUAUGUACCAAAGGUCUACUGGGACAUGACAAGCAAGCGAGUUCUUACAGCUGAAUACAUAGACGGUGUGAAGAUUAACAACUUAGAGGGAAUCAAAAACUACGGACUGAGUAUCAAAGAUGUGGAUCAAAAACUGGUGAAGUCUUUCUCAGAUCAGAUCUUUUUAUCUGGUUUUGUACAUGCGGAUCCCCAUCCAGGCAAUGUGUUUGUCCGUAAAGGCCGUGACGGUAAAGCCCAGUUAGUUCUGCUAGACCACGGCCUCUAUGACAACCUGCAAGGAGAGCAUCGCAGAGCCCUCUGUCAGCUCUACAAAGCCAUCAUCAUGAAAGAUGAGGCGGCCAUGAUUGAAAAUUCCAAUAAACUGGGAGUGAAAGAUUCUCUUAUACUUGCCAUCAUGAUCAUGCAGAGACCUGUAAGAAUGAAGACACAGCAGUUGUUUGACAUUAAACCACCCUCUCGCGAGGAAUGGAUGGUGAUGACUAAAGAAGAAAAAGCAGUGUGGAGGGAAAUGUUUCAGGAAAUUCAUGACAGAGUACUAAAUGUCAUGAGAGACAUGCCUUCACCUCUGUUCUGGAUAUUUCGAAAUCUGAACAUCAUUAGAGCCAUCAUCCGUGACCAUGGUAACACAGUGGAUAGAUAUGGCAUCAUGGCGAGAAGUGCGGUCAAAGGUUGCCAUCAAGAUGACCCGGCCAACAGUGGUGUGCUAAAUGUGCUGAAGUCCUGGUGGUCUCGGUGUGCCUUUGACUAUCAUAUCUGGAGAGACAAUUUCACACACAAGCUGUUCAUGUUUGCCGCUGUCACUUACCUUCAGUUGCUUCAAAUGGUUGGCAGGGCUCCAGCGAUGGAGGAAAUACAAUCUUUUGCCAGAGUAGAAGAGAAGAGAUUUGAUGCACUGUAA